UGGUCAGAUGGUCAAUGAGGCUCAGCUAUCCCGGCACUGGACGACAACUGGAAAACUGCGUCUUCCCCAGUGCCGGCUGGCACCUGUUGAUGAGAUCAUUCGAGGAGGGUUGAUUUCACAGUACACGGGCAGAAUAAACUCUGUGAAUCAACCUGGGACCAGGUAGUCUAACCCCAAGGUCCUGAAGAAGCUGGCUGCGCCCCAGCUCGACUCAAACCUCUCUCCUUGAUGUUCAUCAUGAGACUCUCUUCGACGCAGACAUCGGCAGGGAUGGCCGUCGUCUUGGUGGCUGCCGUCCUGGUGCAGCCAUGGAUCGCUGCAGGAGCAACCUCAGGAUGUCCCAUCCCGAUUCGCACGCAGCAUGUUAGAGUGGGGUUACGUGGAGUGUCCUCAACCACUGUGACCAGCGAAGGAGAAUGCGUGAUGGUUCCGGGAAAUGCUCGAGUUACGUUUGAAUUCAAUGCAUGUAAAUUUUACCCCUGUUCUUGGGCUCCUAAUUAUCAGUAUUAUCUGUCUUCUGUAUCUUGGUCGUACUAUACCACCGUAGCGUACUCUGGGUUUGAUUGGCAGGUAUCCUGUGUCUAUCACCCCCACCCUAUCGAAUGUAGACAGAUUGCCGAGUGCCUCAGUUUAGUACGAGUAGGCCCCCUUGGUGUCGGACAUGCUCAUUUGAGUUUAACAGUGGAUCUUCGAUCACUGAACAUCUCUUCUCUCCUGACAACCACGACUUCGCACGCCCGCCCCCAUCAGAUCCCCGCCGCCUCAGGUUGUAUAGAUUUCUUGCUAACCCCAUAUGCUUGGAGUGUGGACUUUACCCCUGUUCGCAUUUGUCAGAGAUUCCCACAGGCCGCUCAGGGGCAUAGAGCAGGGCAGUUGGUUGAAGGCCAAGGAGAGGGAGUCCGCGGCCAGUUCACUCAAGAAAUGUCUGAAGCAGACGCCCUGGGGGUAGCUUCGGGGGUGAGAACAAUUGGUAGCAAUUCAUGGGUGGAACGAGCAGCAGCGGCCAGUGCAGUGUUAGCACGCCCCGGUAUGUUCCUGAUAUCCCCCGCCUUGGAUACGCCAGCAAACAUGUCGUGUAUUCUUCCAGUCAUGUCUCAAUUCCACCGGAACCGUGUACAGGAUGGGAGACAAUUUAUCCCGUGUCUCUGGCAACUGCCCCUGUGCCAGUUUUCUAUACCGCUAAAGUGUCUCUGAGUGCUACCUGCUUUUGUAAAAAUUCAUCCACUCUCCCGCAUGAAGUGAAUGUUGGAAUGAUUCCCCAACAACACUGCCGGAUUGUUCAAGUGACCAACAGAUCUGAUGGAUCAGAACCCUUGACUCGCGGACGGGCGGACGUGUGGUGGUACUCCGGUGGAGUCGCCUUAUUCAGUGUUCUCCCUCCUCAUUGGACAGGCCGAUGCGCUCUGGUAUCUGCCAUUCAUCCCACCUUUAUCGCUCCACAAGGCGCUUGCGCUAAUCUCAUGGAAGUAACAAACCAGGCCAUUAGAAGAAGUCGUCACCGCCGUUCUGGCAGCCCUGAUGGAUCCCUGACCAUCGCCUUGCAGAAAUUGCGUUCCUUGUCUCUUGAGAUGAAAUCCCACUCAGGGGUUGACAACAUCGGCACCUUGGUGACGAUCCUCAUCUCCAUUGCUAUUUUUGCAGCACUCUUGACUUUGUGUGGUUGUUGUUGUAUUCCUCGUAUUCGAUCUUUGCAUCAGCGAUUGAUUACUGCCGCCAUUGAAAAAAAGGACAUUCAUGGUCCUCCGCCCUAUAAGAUGGCUGAAUUGCCUCCCCCUUCAGGUCCCAUGCCCGAUGUACUACACGCUCCGGACAACGCGACCGCUGGAACCUCUCUUUAAUUUUGUUUUCUUUCAGGUGUCAGAUUCUUUCGACACUAUGUGGCCCACAACAAAUACUGAUGAAAACCCUGGUCUGUGGUAAUGUUCGAAAUACUUGACUAUAUCAUUGGCUAAAAGAACGUUACACAAAUAAACUUAACACAUAAAUGGAAGAAAGUGGUUCUAUCAACUCAUUCACUCUGCGUGUGAUUUUUGGGCAGAAGUAGUUCACAUCUUUUGUCAGAACUACAGAAAAUGUGAACCAAACUGAAAGAAAAAGGUUGGUAAAGGGAUUUCCCAACUUAAUCUGAACAGAAAAUGUAUAACCUUUUCAUAAACCUGAUAAAACAAGAUUUUGGUUUUCUAGAUUAAGUAUUUUACCGUCUUUGAAUGGGAGGGAAAAAGCCCUUGCCCUUCUGUUCUAGUGAUACUUUUUGCGUGAAAUGACUUUUUUUUUCCAAAUGUUUUGCUUUUUUUGCGUUAUCUAGUACUGUCCUGCAAGUUUAACGCUUACGGCUGUUCUGAAUCAUGAGACUAUGGAUUUGUUAAAAGGUAUGUUUGGACGAUUAGUUUCCAUAUUUCUUGAAAUGUUACUUUUGGGAUUUUUGUGUUUGUUUUAGUGAUCGAUUUCAGAGAUCAAGAGAGGGAAUAAAGAGUAUUUUACUUUCA